UGGUUUGAUUGUAAAUUUAUUAAUGAUACAAAGUAUUAAAAGCUUGGAUUUUUUGUCUCUAGAAAUGCCCACUGAAUUGGAUAAAAUCUUUCUGAUUCUGGCAAUAGUGGAAUUCAUCAUCGGCCUGCUGGGGAAUGUGUUCAUUGGCCUGGUAAACUGCUCCGAAGGGAUCAAGAACCAAAAGGUCUUCUCAGCUGACUUCAUCCUCACCUGCUUGGCUAUCUCCACAAUUGGACAACUCUUGGUGAUACUGUUUGAUUCAUUUCUAGUGGGACUUGCUUCACAUUUAUAUACCACAUAUAGACUAGGAAAACUUGUUAUUUUGCUUUGGCACAUGACUAAUCACUUGACAACCUGGCUUGCCACCUGCCUAAGCAUUUUCUAUUUCUUUAAGAUAGCCCACUUCCCCCACUCCCUUUUCCUCUGGCUGAGGUGGAGGAUGAACGGAAUGAUUGUUAUGCUUCGUACAUUGUCUUUGUUCUUACUGAUUUUUGACAGUUUAGUGCUAGAAUUAUUUAUUGAUAUCUCACUCAAUAUAAUAGAUAAAAGUAAUCUGACUUUAUAUUUCGAUGAAAGUAAAACACUCUAUGAUAAACUCUCUAUUUUAAAAACUCUUCUUAGCUUGACCAGUUUUAUCCCCUUUUCUCUGUCCCUGACCUCAUUGCUUUUUUUAUUUCUGUCCUUGGUGAGACAUACUAGAAAUUUGAAGCUCAGUUCCUUGGGCUCUAGAGACUCCAGCACAGAGGCCCAUAGGAGGGCCAUGAAAAUGGUGAUGUCUUUCCUUUCCCUCUUCAUAGUUCAUUUUUUUUCCUUACAAGUGGCCAAUUGGAUAUUUUUUAUGUCGUGGAACAACAAGUACAUAAAGUUUGUCAUGUUAGCCUUAAAUGCCUUUCCCUCGUGCCACUCAUUUAUUCUCAUUCUGGGAAACAGCAAGCUGCGACAGACAGCUGUGAGGCUACUGUCGCAUCUCAGAAACUAUACAAAAACAUCAAACCCUUUACCUUUGUAGACAGACUUUCCGGAAGCUUUUCUAAGAGAAUAACUCAACGAGGAUGAACUUAGGGAUCACUUCCACUU